CAACUUUGACAUUGACUUUUGUUGACGUGGCAACCACGUAGAUGCCACAUCAUUGACACCUCAUUAUUUUAAUUCAAAAUUAAAUACAAACUAAAAGAAAUAAAUUGAAAAUAAAAAAUAAAAUAAAAUAAUAUCCUCUCAUCUUCCCCCCUCCCCCCCCCCCCCCCGACCGUCGCAUCCCCUCACCUCUUUCUCGCCUGCGAUACUCCCUCCUGCUCAUGAGUGCUUCUCUGCUCCGCCGCCAUUCACGCACCAAAACCCCAGUGCUCUCGCCUGCAGCGGAUUCGCCCUCCGCCGCUUGCCCACCUCACCAAUCGUCCCCCUCAAGCCCUCAACAACCCUUCCUCUUCCGAUGUCCCUCCCCAGCCGUUCAAUCCCUCGACCGCCGCCCAAGGCUUCCUCCACCGCCCUCCCGCUCCCUCCUUUCCCCUAAUUGAAGACCAAACACAUUUUUCAUCUCAGUUUCCCAUUCUUGCCACACUGUAUGGUGAGGACAUCCUUCGAUUUGGAGCUAGAUGAAGCAGAACAAUAAGUGGAUCUGGAAGGUGAGGAGGAAGACGACGAAGCUCCGAUUCUGAUACAACAAGUGGAACAGUUUCCAUGGCCGAAAGAAGCAGUAGGCAGAGAUGGGAGAGGAGAGAGGGACGAUGAUGAACAAUAGUGGAACAGAGUCGCCCCUUCAGUUCUCUCUCUCUCUGGCUCCUCUUCAAUCUUCGACCUCAAAUCCUCUGCCGCAGUUGUUGCGGAAUCCCUCGUCUGCAAUUAUCCUCCGAUUUCUUCUCCCGACCUCUCCUCCUUCUACGCACAGGUUAUUCAGCUACUGCUCCUCCGAUUUCUUCCGAUUUGAAAUUAGAUCUGCUGCGUGUGGGAUAAUCCGAUUUCUUCGAUCACAACAUAAUGCCGAGAUGAGUGAAGUGUUGAUUUUUCGGAAUCAAAACUGAUGUGGGUUGGAUCUGUCCAAUUUUUUUGAUCACUUCGAGAACUAGGGACGUCGAGGAAGGAAGGGAUGGUGGUGGGUGGUGGACGUCGGCGGCUAGGGUCGAGGAAGGAAGGGAUGGUGGUGGGUGGUCUUUGGGUGACAUGCCGACAGAAAGAAGGAAAAUUUAUUUUGUUUAUGUUUUUUUUUUAAUUUAAAACUCCACGUCAACGCUGACUGGAUUUUCUGUUAAAUACUAAUGGUCAACAUUGGUCAACUCUAACGGAAAAAUAGUUUAGGACACAAAUGUCAUAUCGAAUACUUUAGGACACAAAUGACACAAAGUUAAUAGUUCGGGUUUCCCAAUGGUAUUAGCCCUUAUUUAUAUAUAAAUCUAGGUGUAUUGAGAAUUUGGGAUUGUCUUUGAGAUGUCAUGUAUAUAUGCAUAAUUUAUUAGGUGUCAAUAGCUCUCCAACAUAUCUUGUCAAAACCGGCUUAACCCGGUUGAACCCCGAUCCAACUAUUAAACCACAAACCCCUUAUCAAACCGGCCGAAUGACUUAACCCGGUUUGACAACCUUGGUCGACCCUAAAGGCUAGAAGUGUGGUGUUAGUAUUGGAGGUAUAUAGGUACAAUAGAAGAGUAUUGCCAAAGUCUAUGUUGAAGUGUGAUGUCAUGUAUAUAUGCAUAAUUUAUUAGGUGUCAAUAGCUCUCCAACAUAUCUUGUCAAAACCGGCUUAACCCGGUUGAACCCCGAUCCGACUAUUAAACCACAAACCCCUUAUCAAACCGGCCGAAUGACUUAACCCGGUUUGACAACCUUGGUCGACCCUAAAGGCUAGAAGUGUGGUGUUAGUAUUGGAGGUAUAUAGGUACAAUAGAAGAGUAUUGCCAAAGUCUAUGUUGAAACAUAAUUAGAGAUCGUGACACAGUCAAGGGUGCAGUGUAAGAUUAGGAGGUUGCACAGGUGGUUAUUGUGAUUCCGAGGACGACCUUCGCAAAUGAGUAAUAUAAUCUUGUACGUGGUGUGAGGCCUUCGGAGUCAUCAUCAAUUCAACAUGUAAGGGGUGUCAUCCUAGAAGUCACAAAUGCUACAAACCAUGCCACUACCAAGAAUGAGUUAUGAGAAGCCAAUAUAAUGAAGAAUGUGGUGCCGCUACUAAACACACUCCAUCAUCAAGGUAGUUGAAGCGAAGUACGAGAAUCUAAUGCAACGACGAGACCAACCAUACGAGGAGGCAACAAUGGACAAUCUUGACAUGCCAGCCGCUCUAGGGAAAGGGGAAAGAGACAACUAAUGAUGAAAGUUACUUAUUUCAACUACGACGCCUCUCCUUUAAGAGUAGGAAGUGAAAACUAUGAAGUCAAAAGGUCGUGAAAUUUAGUAAAAGAAAAUACACACACAUUCUCUUUCAUUCUUAUCGCCAUAGUCACAAUUGAGACGGUAACAAAAAUUUGGACUAAAC